UCUUUCCUUUCCUUCAUAAAUAGGUAUCUAACGACCAGGCCGUGUAUACGCAAGGUCAGAUAGUGAGCGAGUGAAUUGUAUUACUCGCUAUAUCUAUAGUAGACUUCGAACGUUUCGCCAUGGGGACCGAAGCCACAGGCCCGAAGGGGGCGGCGACUCCAAACUCGGCCGUUCUUGACGAGAAGAUGAUGACGGCGCCGCCAACUGCGCCGUCUACCGAGGACGCGACCGCCACGGAAGAAGAGAAAGCGCGGCGCGAUGCGAAGUUGCGGCCGGAGAGGGAGGCUACUUUUAGCGAUUAUACGAGGAUUUUCUCAUACGCAACCUUCUGGGAUUUCGUCCUCAUGGCUGCUGCUGCUGUGGCAGCCGCGGGAUCAGGUGUCACCCUUCCGUUGAUGAACGUGGUGUUCGGUGCACUUGUUGGCGACUUCAAUGGCUACUUUCUUCCAGUUCCUACGAAGACGGAGGCUGAAUUCCGGGCCUCUCUUAACAGAAAUGCGCUUUAUAUCUUUAUUCUAUUUAUCGGCAGACUGGUCCUUAUAUACGUUAGCAAGUUUGCCUACCGGCUAAUUGGUAUCCGCAUGUCUGCAGCCAUCAGACUCGAUUAUCUUCGAUGUCUGUUCAGCCAGACGAUCCACGUCCUUGACUCGAUGCCCUCUGGCGCGGCCGCGGGGACGAUCACGACUACGGCGAACACUCUGCAACUUGGUAUUUCUGAAAAACUUGGAGUCUUCGUGGAAUAUGUCGUCAUGAUCAUAGCCGCCACGACCAUCGCAUUCGUCUACAACUGGUCUCUCGCUCUAGUUACUUGCUCCGUCCUUCUCUUUAUCCUUAUCGUUGUGGGCAUUAUCGUUCCUUUCUACCUCAAGGCGACGACCAAAGUCACCAAGGCGGAGACGAAAUCCUCUUCGAUCGCGAGCGAGGCCUUCUCAGCUAUCCGCAUGGUAGUCGCGUGCGGUGCCGAAUCCCAGAUUGCUAAGCGCUUCGCCGUUUGGGCCCAGGAGGCGCAGAAACAUGGCCAGAGAAUAUCUCCCCUCAUAGGCACGCAAAUGGGCUUGGUUUUCUUCGCAUUCAACUCCGCGUUCGGGCUUGCGUUCUGGUACGGAUCUAGGUCUUUUGUCGAAGGCCGGCUCGAUAACGUGGGUACCAUUGUCGUCGUGCUUAUGUCGGUCAUGAUGAUGGGCAUGUCCAUCGAACGAAUCUCGACGCCGCUUAUGGCGAUAGGUAAGGCUACGGUUGCUGCUUGUGAAUUUUUCACUGUCAUAGAUGCUCCUCGCCCGAAUACGGGCGAGCUUAAGGAGCCCGACGUCUCAGCGACCAACGACAUUAUCUUCAAGGACGUAGAUUUUGCGUACCCGAGCCGACCGCAUGUCAAGGUCUUAGAUCAGCUCAAUCUCAAGAUCGAGGCCGGAAAGCUGACGGCUAUUGUUGGACCUUCGGGUUCUGGUAAAAGUACUAUAGUCGGGCUGAUCGAGAGAUGGUAUACCUUACAUGAUCAACACAUCAUCGCGAAGGCCAUUGAAAAGGACCCAGCAAAGGAGGCAGCGAAAAAGAAGAAGGCCAAGGGAAAUGAGAACCAAGAAGAAGCUGAGGACGAGACCCUCCCUGCCGAAGUUGAAGAUGCCGGUCCGCCCGUGGAGUUGAAGGGAUCGAUAUCCACAUGCGAUUACGAGUUAAAGGAAAUCAACCUGAAAUGGUGGCGGUCUCAGAUUGGGCUUGUGCAACAAGAGCCAUUCCUAUUCAACGACACCAUCUACAAGAAUGUCGCGUAUGGCUUAAUCGGUUCGGAAUUACAGGAUGAGCCUGAAGAGCGGAAACGGGAGCUUGUUAAAGAGGCUUGCAAAGAGGCUUUUGCCGACGAGUUCAUCGACCGACUUCCUGAUGGAUACGAGACUAUGGUCGGCGAAAGCGGCACGAAGCUAUCGGGCGGCCAGCGCCAGAGGAUAUGUAUUGCGCGUGCGGUCAUUAAACGGCCCAAGAUCCUCAUUCUCGACGAAGCCACAUCCGCGAUCGAUGUCCGAGGCGAACGUAUCGUGCAGGCAGCGUUAGACAAAGUAUCGCAAGGCCGAACCACCAUUACCAUCGCCCAUCGACUCUCGACGAUCAAGAAGGCCGACACGAUUGUAGUUUUGCAAAAGGGAAAGGUUGUCGAGCGGGGUACUCACGAAUCCCUUCUGGAGAACGAAAGCGGUGUUUAUUACGGUCUUGUACACGCCCAACAACUUUCUCUAGGACAACAGGACGAUGAUGAAGAUUCCGAGGGCCCGGAGGAAGAGGACUUAGGUACGAUACUCAGCCGCGAAAAGAGCGCUGCCUUCUCGGAAACCGCGGAUGCGCCCAAGGCAACUCCGUGGGAAUCAAAGGGGUUAUUUGGAAGCUUUGGACGACUACUUUACGAACAGCGAUCUCGUUUCCCCUUAUACGCACUCACAGUCGUGGCGGCUAUGUGCACGGCUACAUCGACUCCUUUACAAGCGUGGCUAUUCGGCAAAGUCGUCGUCGUCUUUGCUUACAUGGACGACAUACCGAAGUUCACGUCGGAAGCCAACUUCUGGUCCUUAAUGUUGUUGAUCCUCGGUAUAGGCACAGGCGUAGCAUUCUUCGUCCUCUCGUUUGUGUCGAAUCACGUUGCCCAUCAUAUCUCUUCUACAUACCGACAGCAGUAUUUCGAAAGCAUCUUGUAUCAGAAAACAUCGUUCUUUGACGAGGAACAGAAUUCAACAGGUUCGCUUACGGCGCGAGUCGGGAGCGACCCGAAACAGCUAGAGGAACUUCUGGGGUUGAAUAUGGCUAUGGUCUAUAAUUCAUUCUUCACCGUCAUCGGUUGCUUAGCUAUAUCCUUUGCCUUUGGCUGGAAGCUCGCCAUCGUGGCUACGUGCGUCACGAUGCCUAUCGGGCUCGCGGCCGGAUAUCUUCGCCUCAAAUACGAGAUGGGCUUCGAGCGCAUGUACGCGGAGGUCUUCGCCGAGUCGUCCACGUUUGCCGCCGAGGCUAUCUCGGCCUUCCGAACCGUCUCCUCUCUCACCCUCGAGGACACCAUCGGCGAUCGCUACGAGAGGCUGCUUAACCACCAUGUCGUCAAGGCUUACAAGAAGGCAAGAUUCGCAACGCUGGUAUCCGCCUUCUCGGAGAGUGUCGGGUUGGGUUGCCAGGCUCUUAUCUUUUGGUAUGGAGGCACUCUCCUAGCCUCCAGGGAGUAUAAUACCUUGGACUUUUUGGUUUGUUUCAUGGCCGUUAUCCAAGGGGCCGAGUCAGCCGGUCAAGGUUUCGGCUUCGGACCUAACGCCGCGCAAGCCGCAGCAGCCGCCAACCGCAUUCUAAGCCUGAGGGAAACGCGCAACAAAGACCUCGGCAGCGGCAGCAAGGGCGUCGGGAUCCCCGACACGGAAGGCGGGAUCAAGAUCGAGCUCAAGGACGCGCAUUUCAAGUACCCGACGCGGAACGUCUCGGUGUUCAAGGGCCUCAACAUCACGAUCGAGAAGGGCCAGUUCGCGGCGCUAGUCGGGGCCUCCGGGUGCGGCAAGACGAGCAUCAUCUCCCUGCUCGAGCGCUUCUACGACCUCCAGCGCGGCCAGAUCCUGGCCAACGGCGUCGACAUCGCCCGGGUUAACGUGUACGACUACCGCCGGCACCUGUCGCUCGUGGCGCAGGAGCCGACGCUGUUCCAGGGCACGCUGCGGGACAACAUCCUGCUGGGGGCGGACGUCGCGGGCGCGAGCGACGCGGAGCUGCACGCGGCGUGCCGCGACGCGAGCAUCCACGAGUUCAUCAUGUCGCUCCCCGAGGGGUACAACACGGAGGUCGGGAGCCGCGGGGUGUCGCUGUCGGGGGGCCAGAAGCAGCGGGUGGCGAUCGCGCGGGCGCUUGUCCGGAAGCCCGACGUGCUGCUGCUCGACGAGGCGACGAGCAGCCUGGACUCGGAGAGCGAGAAGCUGGUGCAGGGCGCGUUCGAGAGGGCGGCCCAGGGCCGCACGAUGGUCGUCGUCGCGCACCGGCUGGCCACGGUGCAGAACGCCGACGUCAUUUUCGUCCUGGGCGAGGGGAAAGUGCUGGAGAAGGGCUCGCAUGGCGAGCUGUUGAAGAAGAGGGGCGUGUAUUGGAAUAUGGUGAGUUUAUUUUCCUUAGCCUUUCUUACUCUACUUACUCUACCCCCUCCUCCCCCUUUAUUUAACCCCCGAUCUAUGCGGAUGAUGAGAGAAAUAUUUUUUACUAAUAAUCUUUUUUUUUUUCCCGCGGUUUAGUGCCAGAGCCAAGCUCUCGAUAGAUGAAAGAAGAACGAAGAAAGAAGAAAGAAGAAAUAAUACGCUAAGGACGAUGAGGACGGAGAUGAGGAUGAGUAUAUAUAAUGGAUAAUAUAUAAUAGGCAUAUAUGUUGGAAAUACAUUGGUAGGUACCUAAUAUAAGGUAUACUAGAUAUGCUAGAUCAUGAGUAUCGGGAAGAAAAGGAACAGAAAAUAACCUGCUAUGUACAUAGAAAUACCCAUUCAACUCUGGCCCUUUUGGAUUUAUAGGUAGAGUCAACUCAGCACGAUCAUCAUACUACGCGAUAAAGAUUUUGGAUAUUCGCUAUGAAUGUUCCCUUUGGUAGAGCCAUAGAUACUCG